UGUAUAAAUGAGAGAAGAGGACACAGAGGUGGCAGAGUUAAUCAAGUGACCAGCUCCUCACAAACUCUCAGAUUAAAGAACACUUCAGAUCGUCACCAUGACCACUCGUCUCAGCCUGUUCGUGCUCGUUCUGGUGAUCGCCAGCAUCAGUCUAAGUCAAGCUCUGCGUGGCACUGGCCCAAAGAAAUGCUGCUUCAAAUUCACUAAACCUGUUCAGGAGAGCAAAGUGAGGGGAUAUAUGUUGACUCAUCAGCAGUGCCCCAUUGCUGGUGUGCUGCUGAAGAUGAAGAACGGCUUUAUGUGCGCAAAGCCCUCCGAGUCCUGGGUCCAAGAGCUCAUGCGCCGCAUCGACUCCAGAACCAAUUCCUCUGCAUGAUCCACUGCAACCACUGUGUUCUAUAAGGAUGGGGACAAAAAUGUGCCAAACAAAUUUCCUCUAAUUGUGUUUCUUUGACUGGCAAGCUAUUUUUAUAUUUUAUAUUACAACAUUUGUGCAGUCCCCCACUGUAUUUUUAUUAGUAUUUCAUGUGUGUUUUUAAUUUUUUAUUUAGUUCAAGUAUUUUAUUUGGCAGCAAAAUAUUUUUAUAUGAAAUAUGGUUUGUAACUCUCAAUGGAGUAUAAUAAUAAUAUAUAAUUCCAUUUUGAUUGGGAUAUGUCUACAUGCAUAUGUUUGUUCAUGUGCAACAAUCUGGUUAUUUAUAAUCUUUUUUCCUUUUUAUUUUAUGGAGCUAACUGAACACUGCGAGAUGGUUCUUAAGUUAUGAAUGUGUUAAGAAUGUGUAAUGCCACCUUUUUUCCACGUGGCGCCACCAAAACAGCGCAUAAGCUCUAACCCAAAUCAAUAAUUCUGAAUACUUCAUAGACUUUUCCAUGUCACUCACUGUUUUUACAAUGUAUCCACAAAAACUGAACAUCUAUUCAUUUUUUUGUAUUUUAUUGGAGAUAAACUGUGUUUUCAAGCAA